AUGAAAGGAGAUGAAAAGCUACUACAUAUAUGCGUUCUGCUUCUGGCAGGGAUUGCUGUCCUGGCAUCGUUGGGCUUCGCUUGUGUGCUGGUUGCUUUCCUUCGACAGAAAAGGAACGAUAUGCCUUGGGAGCAGACUCGUCCACUCGCUCAUAAGCUUUCAUCAUCGUCGAAAUCAAGGCUACAACCACAUCGCCGCUUGACUCGGUGUCGUCGCUCCAUGGCUCGCCUCCAGUCGUCAUCCCAUAUGCCCUCCGAUCCGGUUCGGAGCAUGACUCUGGUCGGGGCUCAGUAUAAGCUUAUGGUAAAGUAUUACGGUGGACUGAUGCAGACCAAGUGUACGAAAAACUGUUGUCACUUUCAAACAUGUACAUCCGGUACCACUUGUUCCUAG